AUGGCGGACGCAUCGCCUCACAGCGCCGAUCCGACGACCCCUCCUCGACAGAACUCGAUUCGAGAUGGCGCUCCCACGCUGGACGACGAGCCGUCUCUCCCAUCGUUCGAGCCAGACCACGAGGACACGUUUCACCAGCUGAUGAGCAUCAUGAUCGACGAGCCUAUCGGGUCGAUGAGCAUCAGUCCCGCAAAUCGUGAUGUCGCUCUCGGCGCCCGGAAAGGCCUUUUCAUCGUCGACCUGCAGAAUCCCUACGACCCGCCUCGGUUCUUGCCGCACAACUCGUCGUGGGAGGUUGCGGAUGUGCAGUGGAACCCUUUCCCGCACCGGAGCGAAUGGGUUGUCUCGACCUCCAAUCAGCAAGCCGUCGUCUACAACCUCUCCCUCUCGCCUUCCCUCUCCAGCUCGCCCGUCGAACACACCCUCUACGGCCACACCCGUGCCGUAACAGACAUCAACUGGUCGCCCGGAUCGCCCGAGGUGCUUGCGACGUGCGCGAUGGACGGGUGGGUAAUGGCGUGGGAUUUGAGGGCGGGUUAUGGAAAAGGCGGAGGACGAGGAAGAGGGAGAAAGCCGAUUUGGCGGGUGUGUGGUUGGGGAGCUCCCGCGACGCAAGUCAAGUUUAACCGGCGCGAACCGCAUGUCAUCGCCAGCUCGCACGCGAACGUGGUCAACAUCUGGGACGACCGAAUGGGCGCGGAACCGGUCACCACUAUCAAGGGGCACACUGCCAAGAUCUACGGCAUCGACUGGUGCCGCAAGGACUCGAAGCAGAUCAUCACCUGCUCGCUCGACAAGUCAUUCAAGUCCUGGCGGAUCAGCGACACCGAAACACCCGUCCGGACAGUCGAGACGACCUCCCCCAUUUGGCGCGCUCGCUGGCUCCCCUUCGGCGACGGCAUGCUCACCCUUCCUCAGCGUUCCGACCACGCCUUGUCCGUCUGGAGCGUCAAGAAUAUCGACGAGGCGAACGAGGCGGGCGAGAAACCGAAGCCGGUCGUGCGGUUCGAGGGUGCGAGGGAGGGCGUCAAGGAGUUUGUGUGGAGGACGAGGGGAGGGGAGGAUCUCGAGUCUGAUGACCGCCAGUUCCAGCUCGUCACCUGGGCGAAAGACCGGCGUUUGCGCUUGUGGCCAAUCUCGGAGCAGAUUGCGAAGGACGUUGGCCACGUCAAGGGAUCUCGCAUCCAAGUCCCCGUUACUCGCCGCGGCGGACCCGACAUCUCGUACCGGUCCUUCGCCGAAGCCCCUGCCCCGCCUCUCCCGCUCACCUUCUCGCCGCCAACCCCGAACAGCGCGACGAAGGCGAUUCCUUCCGGGGCGUCACUUCUCUCGACUUCUUUCUCACAAUCUCCUGCCUCAAGCCCUUCGCUUCUCACUUCCUCUCUCCUCAAGUCAAACCUUACCUCGUCCGCCUCCGCCAACAAAGAGAACCUCCUCGCCUCACCUCUUCCGUACCCGCUUCCUUCAGCUGGCCAGCGUGCCUCGGCAGCCACGAUGACGACCACGAAGGUCCGCAGUCGCCGGCAGAAGGAGCAUGACCGUCUCGCAUGGAUGGAGGGCGUCAAGAUUAUCCGCCCGCCUCAGGCUGUCGAAGCUGGCGCAGCCGAAGCAGGAGAUGACGAAGAGGAGGCAGAUGCUGGCGCAGGUGGUGAGGAGCAUGAAACGCCCGAAGCUGCUUUGGCAAAGGCGGACUCGGUCGCGAGGGGAACAGACGCCGGAACGGCGACUGCGAGGGAAGGCGAGGAAACGGAACGAGCGGAGAGCGUCAUGUCGAGGGAGUCAAUGCAAACUGGCACGGCGGUCGGGAAGGACGUCCUGUAUGCCAACUUGGGCGAGGAGAUCACGAGCGUCGUUCGACGCUUCCCGCGCGUCAACUUUGAGAAGGUCCACGUCGCCGGCCGAACCUGCACCGUCUCGCUGUACUGCCCGCUCUUCAUCCGCGCGACCUUCUCCUUUCCCAAAGGCUAUCCCGCCUCGUCGCCGCCCGCCAUCGAACUCGAGCGCAGCAUUGACGUCUCGCUCAAGCAGCGAGCAAACAUCCUUCAGGGUGUGCGACGGCUCAUGUCGUUGCGAGCCGAACGCGGCUUGCCCUCGUUCGAGCAAGCGCUGCGGUACUUGCUUGGCGACCGGUCCGUCGAGCGGGCAGAGGAAGAGGAGGAUGACGAGGCGGAAGAGGGACUUGAGGGCUCGUUGAUGAACAACCUGACGGCCGACAUCCUGCGCAACAACAUCAACGUCCCGCCUCCGCGAAGAGGCGGCGCAAGCUUCGGUCCCUCCGGCCAACUCGUCGUCUUCUUCCCAACGAACGUUUUCGUCGCUCCUGGCAGCGACAUGGACGGGACGACGUCGCCGCCGAACGAGCCGGAGCUGCCAAAACGCAAGUUCCCGCUGCGACUGUCCGAAGUGUUUGGCUACCUGCCGUCCGAGUCGACCGACUACGAGGGCGACUACCAGGAGACGGACGAGGCGCUGCAGGUUACACGUACCCACAACCUGCGCUCCUACCCCUCCAUGCGGGACAGGUCCCGCGCAGUUGCCCCUCAUGGCGAGAUGUCGCCCUCCUUCAGCACGGUUGUCAAGAUCAAGGACGUCUCGCAUCUCACAGUCAACUCGCCUGCCCGCUCGUUCUCCUCGCUCGGCAAACCCGCCGUCGACGUCGCACGCGAGAACGCCCUCGGUGCGAUCGCCGCGAAGGAUCUCUUGCUUGCCAAGAUCUGGACGACGGUUGUCGCCUUCUUCGAGAGCGGCCUGCCAGGGGAUGCCGGGGCGGGCUCGCCUAGACUGGACUCGCUGCUUGCGGAGCGGAUGUUGCAGGAACUGCUCAAGUACUUAGCUUACCUGCGCGACAUCCAGACUCUCGGCAUCAUCGCAUGCCUGCUGGAGAUCCACACGCGAGACGUCGAGAUGGCCAGCCGCCUCCGUUCGGCAGGACGACCGCCCGAGAUCGACUACUUCAGCCAGCGUCACCGCCCGAUUGAGCCGGUCGUCGACAUCGACUUUGAAGACGGCUCGGGCGAGCAGACUCCGCUGCCGACGACCGCGAGCCUGCCUCGUCUUCGAGGAAGCGACGGCUCGUCCUUCUCGCCAAAGCCGUCUUGGGCGAACUUAUCCGGCUUCUUCAACUCAUCGAUGCUCUCGCUCCGUAGUGCGUCGCCCAACUCGCCUUCCAGCCCGGAUCGAUCAGGCAGCGGCGGUACUCGACCGCCCUCUCGAGGCGGCAAGUCGAGCCCGUCCUCCCUCUCACCCGGCGUGAUGUCGGCCAGAAGUCCUCUUCGCGUCCAGCAAGCCCACCACAUGACGCCGCAGCACCCUUCCGGCGGGUCGACUCCGCUUGCGCGAGACGGCGACGAGACGGCUGGCGAAUCGCGGGAACAGCGGACGAAGACGUCCCCCAACGUCACGUUCGGCGCGACGAGCGUUGCACUUAUUCCUUCGAAAGCGACCGCCCAGGCGGCGUUGUCGGGGGACGACGAGAAGCCGAGGCAGCUUAAACGAGUUGCGGUCACAUUCAAUCAGACCAUGCAUUUGCACAAACCUUUUCCUUGGUGGCUCUCGCCGCGAGCGCAACUCGAGCUCGAGCUGAUCCGCCUCAGCUACGCCGAGCUGCUCAACCGGUGGGGUCGCGACGUCGAGCGGGCGCAGGUGCUCAAGCUCUGCCGCGCGGCUGUCGAGCAGUCGAGCGCGCGACUUGCUGUGGCGCGAGACCGGAUUCAGGAGAUGAACGGAUUGGGCAAGACGGCUACGAUUGAGCAACAACGGACCUGCACACGCUGCGGCACGAGCGUCAAGUCUGCCGAGCCGACCUGCCCGAAAUGCCGUCUCCGCCAGCGCGCAGUCAUCUGCAUCCUCUGCCACCUCCCCGUCAACGGCCUCGUACAGAGCUGCUCGACCUGCUGCCAUGUCGGCCACCUCUCCUGCCUCUCAUCCUGGUUCUCCUCGUCCCCGACCUGCCCAACAGGCUGCGGCUGCUCCUGCAUAACAGAAGGCGGCUCAUCAGGCCUCUUUUCCCUCCCUCACCCUCCUUCCUCCUCCUCCGCCUCGGUCUCGGCGUCCGCAACUCCAACAAGCACCCACUCGCUCCCGCUGCCCUUGCUCUUGCCUUCUUCCGCUCGGCGGUUCACAAAGUCCGUUGAUCCGCCUGUUAAGCCUCCUGCGCGCGUCGGAGUCGGAGCGGAGCAAAGAGAGACGGAGGGGGAGAAGGUGGUGGUGGUUAGUCGGCCGACGAGGGUGGUCGUGCCCAGUUGGGCGGCGGCGGCGGGUGCGAAGGCGAGUCCGCGAUGA